UGCUGGCUGGUGGCUGCUGGCGAUCGUUGUUGGAGGUUGAUUGGUUUUUGGCCCACUUGUGCCCACCCCCUCUCACCCUCUCCCUCACACACCACAUCGCACACCACACGCGCCCUCACUCUUCCCCUCAUCUUCUUCUUUUGCCUGACGUGAACGGGGGUUUCUUGCGGUUGUUGUUUGCCUUUGUUUGUGCGCUCUUGGUGAAUGAAAUAACCACCACCACCACGGGGUGUGGUCAUAGUUGGUUUGCACGCGAAAACAGCAGCACAGGAGUUCACGUCAUCCUCCCGUCUGCGCCAGACACAUACACAUACACAUACACACACACGACACAUACACACACACACCAACCAGCGAGGUUAUUUUGUUUUGUUUUGUUUGUGUGCAACUCCUUUCCUUCCACCAACCAACCAACCAACCAACCAACCAACCAACCAACACAUCUUCCUCCUUCUCUGUGUUGGCUUGCAUCGUUGGGGGGUGCAACCGCGCAGGAUGAAGGCAGCACCACCCGCAGCGUGGCUUGCUGCCGCUCUCACCAUCACUGUCAUGGCGAUGGGGCUUGUUGUGGGGCCGGGCGUGUGCACCGCCGCCGCCGCUCCCGCCAUCAACGUCAUUGCCUCGCUCGAUGUUGAGCCGGUAUCCUUUGUCAACAACUCACAACCCGUGAUCAGCUUCAGCCUCGACCUCUACUGGCACACCACGGAGGAAGAUGCCGCAAACGCAACGACAAACGCGACACAUGCGACGACAAGUGCCCCGGCAACCUCAACAGCAGCGCCAACAACCGCCCCAGUAAUUGCGCCCACGUUUGUGGCGAUUGUCAACGUCUCCGACCUGCUUCCAGUUGCUCAGCAGGAUGGCCAACCCAUUCCCGGCCUUGCGCUCACCCUAGACCCACGUGACUGCGAGCCGUUGAACCUCACCUGCGUCGUGCUCACCAACACCACCGUCCUCGUCAGCAACACCAUCGCUGUGGACUAUGUUGUUACCGGCAUACCAACCAACGACACCAGCAACACCACUGGCACAAACACAAACACAACGUCAACGACAACGACAGCAACACCCCUCAGCAACACGACGACAAACACAAUGGCAAUGACCAAGACCGUCACCGCGGCGCUUGGUGCCGUGGCGCUGCCCCUCAAGCUCGUCGUGCCUGCAAACCAGGAACGUGCAUUUGCAUUUGAAAUGACAUCCCUGCACGCCGCAGUCCACGUCAACACCAACCCAAACGCCACCUUGAACGACACCCUGAACGCAGCAGCAGCAGCGGCAGCAGCGGCAGUCUCGGAAUCAACACCGGCAGCAUCGCCAGCGGUGCUUGUUCCUGUCGCUAUUGAGUCGUCGCCCGUGUUUGUUCUUCGCGGGCCGCUGGCAUCACCUGAUGCAUAUCAGCGCAUCCUGUCAACGUACUGCGAGUACCAGCUGUGGGAGCGGCUGUAUCCAGAGAUGGUGCAGCACUUGACCACAGGCACGUCCCCAGAGCCCCUCGACACCAUCGAUGUCGACGCCGUGUUGGGCGCAGUGUGGCAGGUGCUGGCCACACUCAACAGCCUGCUGUUUCCCGUUGGCUCUUCAUCCCUCGAGCCCGCGGGCCCCGCCAUCUUCGCCCUGCACAACACCACCAUGACCACGGCCACCCUCCCGCCGCAGUCACCGCCCGCACUGGCUGUUGUGGCGGCGCUGUCGUAUGUCAACGCCCUCGCAUCGGACCAGCUCGCGCUCGAGCGGACACGCCGGCUGAGCGGACCAGGCGGCAACAAGUGCGGCGAUGACGUGUGUGAUCUGGAUGUGGAGUCGUGCGCGUGUGACGACUGCCAGUGCUCGCUGUCCGACCUCACGUGGGACGGCAUCCAGAUGGUUGUUGGCCACUGGGACCAGUCGCAGCUGUGGGGUGGCGUGCACGUGUCAUAUGUGCUCAACCAAGACAAGCAAGGCAGGCGCUUUGAUAUCGACGUCUUCUCAGAAGCAUCAUACGCCCAAGCCGCAAAUCUGGAUCUGUACCCGCACCUGUCGAGCCCGGUAGCGGCAGCGGCGAGCGACGAGUGCUUUGCAGGCGUCACGUUUGCGUUUGCCAUCAUCAACGGCAUUCAAUAUGAGGAGCCCACAAGCCCCAUCGACUUCACCGUCGACCUGACCGACCUGGCGCUGGCAGACACGGAGCGGCGCGGGUUUGAGGCGCGGUGCUUUGCCGAUGAGCAGGUGGGGUGGGUUGCUGUUGACAACCAGGUAUACGAUGCACAGGCCAGGGUGCUGUCGUUUUCUGUGAAUUACACGUGCCAGGUGGCCCUCUUCUCCACAUUCCUGGACGCAACGACAACGACAACAACGACGCCGGUGGCAACCACGACAACCACCACCACCACGAUACCAGCAACUACAACCACCACGACUACGACCACCACGACGACCACCACCAACCCUGCCCAGUCUGCGCUCGACUCGCUGGCAGCGGCAGCUCAGGGCAUCAGCGGCGGUACAAGUGGUUCCUCCUCGCUUGCUGCGGGCUUUUCAAACGACAUCGUGCACACGCUCGACUCCAUUCUUGAUUCCAUCGACAUGUCCCUGCAGCUGAAUGCGCCGCCCAAGGUGGUUGAGGGCGGUGGCAUUGCCAUCCAGGCCCAACGCAUCAACGUCUCCAACCUCGCCGGCCUCUCCACUACAGUCGGCACCCGCCCCUUCCCGCGCGUGUCGCUGCCGCCAACGGUUGUCAAUGACGUGCCUGGCCUGGCCACUGCGGCGUCUGUGAGCGUGCUCAUGACGGUGUUUGACGAGACAACAGCCGACAACACCACGCGCGCCAACGUGCUCGACUUUUCGCUCAAGGUGGAUGGCAUGACUGUGAGCGUGGCCGACCUGCCCACCCCCAUUGACAUUUCCAUUCCAAGCGACGGCACCCCGCUCAACGAGACGGUGUGCCGCUUCUGGAACGCCACCCUCCCGCGCCUGAACUGCACCUCCAACGCCACCGGCAGCAGCGACCCCUGCCUCGGCGACUGGGAUACGCGUGGCGUCAUGCUCGUGCCAGAGUUGAGCACAGACGAGAUCAUUGUGUGCCGCACCACCCAUCUCUCCACCUUUUCCGCUGGCAUCGACUUUCGCAUUGCCGCGCCAAAGGUCACCAUUGCAAACUUCGACCCGCGCAACGCCCGCUACAUCUACGCCGUGUUUGCGGGCUUCUACGGGUUUGUCAUCUUCGCGUAUGUGUUUGCGUGGCUGGAGCGGCGUGCGUACGACAGGCGUCAGGCGCUGGUGGAGGAGGGCGUGAUAUGGGAUGAUGGCGACAGGCAGCUCACGGAGCGCGAGCUCGACUUCCAGUGGGCGGAGAUGGGCAUGAUGCGCGGCUUCUUUGCCCGGUUCUGGUACAACCUCAAGACCAAGCACAACUGGCUGGCCGUGGUGUGGUUUUCUGGCCUGCACGUGUACCCGAAGCGUGCGAGCAAGGUGACGGCGCUUGUUGCUACGACAUCGCUGACGUUUGGCAUGAUGGCCAUCUUCGCCUACACGGCCACGCAGUACCCCGACGAGCAGGUCAACACGUUCCGCAUCACCAUCAACGGCAAGACAACCUACCUGCCGCUGGAGGGCGUGUACGUGUUUCUCAUGAGCUUCCCCGUGCUCAUUGCGCUGACCAUCUUCAUGGCAAAGUACACGGUCCUCAUUGACACGCUGCGCCGCGUUGCCCCCGACCGCUACCGCAACCACGCUGUCCUGGCCACGCGCGACCCGGCCAUCACAGGCAAGUACUUUAUUGACCCGCACCACCUCAACGAGGACGACAUUGGGUUUGUGCUUGAGCACAAGCUCAUUGCGCCCCCAGAUGCAGGCGCGUUUGUCAACACGGCAGAAGCGGCCGGCACGCAGCGUGAUAGCAGCAGCGGUGGUGUUGGCGUGACGGCGUUCCAGACCAACGCAGCGUACAAGGGCCGCGGUAGCGGUGGUGGUGGUGGUGGUUACGGUGACGACGACGAAGGCUGGGUGAGGCACAACAGCUCCAGCAGCGAGGGCGAUGAUGACAGUGAUGGUGUUGGGAAGGGCGAGCGUGAUGGCAAUGAUUCCGGAGCGCACAGCCUCAAUGACGCGUCUGUGAACGCAUCGCUGCACAGCAACCGUGGCACACUGCCCCCGUUUGCAUCCGCCUUCCCUCGUCCACGCCGCAACGACAGGGUACCGGGAGCCAAUGCAGCAUCCGUAGGCCCAUCGUCAUCGUCAUCGUCGUCAUCAUCGUCAUCAUCAUCGUCAUCGCUGCUGCCCGGCCAAGCUAUCACCACCAUCACCACCACCACCACCAGCAACGGUGGUAGCAGCGGCAGCCAUGGCGAACACAACGGGAGCCAGAGCGUGCCCGCGACUGUGAGUCGUCGUGGACGCUCUGCGCUGAGCCGCCAUGUUUCUGCCAACAGCGGCGGCAACACCAACGACGACAGGGUGGCAAACGUGUUUGUUGCAAACGCCAUCACGAGCAACAGCAACGACCACACCGGCAAACGCAACGGCACUACAGCUGGUGGUGGGAAUUCCAAGUCCAUGGCGAACCUUACCACCGCCAACUCGAACAACUCGCUUGUGCCUGGAGCGAAAGCAACGCGAUCAAAGCCGUCUUCACAGCCUGGGUCAGCGCGAGCCACGCCACCCCCGCUGUGCCACCACUACCACCAGCCGUCGCCGUUUGCGUCUUCCUCGGCCAUGGCUCGCCCAGUCGGGCCCGUGCGCGUGGAGAUGCCAAAGGGGUUCAACCCCGUGUUCAGCACGUUUGGCACCAAGCUUGAUCGCGCUGCCUUUGACCAUCUUGCGAUGGACCACAACAGCGACAGCGACGACAGCAGUGAUGGUGACGGUGACGCUGCGAUGGCUGUUGAUGACGACGGGUUGCCGUGCGCCGACGAUGUUGUCGUUGGCGAGCUGGAUGACAACGUUGUCGCCGUGGUCAAACCGCAGGUGACGGACAGGGAGGAGGAGAGCAUGACUGAGGAGGAGAUUCAGAAGCUGCACCGGCAGAUGGUCAAGUACAGGCGGUUGGCGUUUGGCACAGCCAUGUUCAUGAUGCUGGCGGGUCUGGUGCUUGCGCUCUGCUUCAUGGGCUCGCUGGACGACAAGGCACAGCUGCGCUAUCUCAAGGGCGUGGGCGAGUUUGUCAUUCUCUCCGCCAUCAUCACGGCGCCGCUUGUGCUGCUGCUGAAGGCGCUGAACCGACAGCGCAAGAUGGUGUCGUUGCGCAAGCAAUUGCCCGAGGAAGAGUGGCGGCAGCAAGUUGUGCAGGCGACGGCAGUGGCCACGGUGGUGGUCAUGACGCAAGCCAUGAUCUACAGGGAAAUCGGACGCGCCCUCCGCUCCAACUUUGACAUUCACAUCAUGUGAACACACGGAAACAGCGUUGUGCAUGCUGUGCGCGACAAUGUGUGCGCGCGCGUGUGUAUGGGCGUAUGAGCGUGUAGUAACUGCAACGGUGUUCCUCUUGUUAGUAUGUGUAGUUGCGCGUGCACACUUGGUGGAGUUGCGUGUACGUGUGGCGUGUUUUGUUCAAGAUAUUGUUCUUCUUCCUGAUCUCGUCUUUCCUCCACAACGAGUGCAUGCACACAGCAGCCAGUCGGUUGUUGGCUUGUCAAAGCAUGCAUGCUUUCAUUGAGGAUGAUUGCCUUUGCCCCCCCCCCACCCACACCCAGAGUUGAAUUGCUUUUAAUUUUGGUGAUUUGAUUUUUUUUCUUCUUCCACGGGUCUUCUGACAUCAAUCACUAGCUUCUUUCAUCCCUCUGCGUUAUGCCCGCUGCUUGUGUUUCGUGUUUCGUGUUGCAAGUGUCUUGUCAUCACUGCUGGUGGUAGCCUCUUUUGUGUCUCGUUAACACCUGCGUGGCCACCUGCGCGUGUGCACAUGCGUGAAAAGUUCAGUGUCUGUGACGCAGCCAGCACGUCCCAUUUCUUGUGUUGCCCUGAGUUCUCCCAACAAAAUAUAAAGACAUAGAGAAGCGCA